AUGGCGACCCCCGAACAGUACGACUUCAUCGCCCUCGGCGGCGGGGAACCGGCCAAGCUCCUGGCAUGGGAUCUCUCCUCAAAGUAUGGAAAGAAAUGCGCUGUCAUCGAGCAUGGUCCCAUCUCCGGCGCCUGCCCGACUGUCGCCUGCAUGCCCACCAAGACACUCCUCCACUCGGCUCAACUAGCCCACCUCGCGCGCCAGGCCCAGGCAUCCACACCUGGAGCUGCCGGCAACGGUUUCAAUGCAGACAUGGCAAAGGUGUUCGCCCGAAAACAGGAAGUAGUCGACGGCAUGGCCGACCUCUUCCUCGGAAUCUUUGCCGAGACCAAGGCCGAGCUCAUCCGGGGCCACGGCGAAUUUGUCGACCCCAAGACCAUCAGCUGCAACGGGCGCCUGCUCACCGCCGAGACAGUCCUCAUCAACACCGGCUCCAAGGCCUUCGUCGACACAAGCAUCCCCGGCCUGGCGGACGCAAAUCCCCUCACCCACGUCGAGCUCCUCGACAUCAAGACCCUCCCCUCGCACCUGAUCAUCCUCGGCGGCGGCUACGUGGGCAUCGAGUUCGCCCAAGCCUACGCGCGCUUCGGCUCGCGCGUCACCGUCAUCGAGCGCAACGCCCAGAUCCUCGCCAAAGAAGACAGCGACGUCGUCGCCGAACUGACGCGCCUCCUCGCCCGCGAGGGCAUUGACUUCCUCACCUCCACCAGCGUCACGCACGUGAGCGGCACCUCCGGCAGCGAAGUCACUCUCACGCUCUCCCACCCCACCCCUGGCGCCGGCGCCGCACCCACCUCCAUCCGCGGCACGCACCUGCUCGUCGCGGCCGGGCGCACCCCCACCACCGCUAACCUCGGCCUCGCCGCCGCGGGGAUCAAGCUCACCCCAACGGGCCACAUCGCCGUGGACGCGCAGCUGCGCACCUCGGUCCCGGGCGUCUUCGCCGCGGGCGACUGCGCCGGCAGCCCCUACUUCACGCACAUGGGGUGGGACGACUACCGGGUGUUGCUGGGGGUGGUGACGGGGGCGCCGCGCGAGGCGGGCACGAUGGGGAGGCAGGUGCCGUCGGUGCUGUUUACCACGCCGGAGCUGGCGCAUGUGGGAUUGAGGGAGGAGGAGGCUAAGAAGAAGGGGGUGGGGUAUCGCGUGGUGAGGGCGCCGAUGGGGGCGUUUUUGAGGGCGAGGGCGCUGGGGGAGACGGAGGGGUUUGCGAAGGCUUUGGUGGAGGAGGAAGGGGAGAGGGUGUUGGGGUUUACGGCGCUGGGGCCGGGGGCGGGCGAGUUGUUGCCGGUGGUGCAGUUGGUGAUGAAGUUGGGGCUGUCGUAUAAGGAGUUGGUGGACUUGACGAUUGUUCAUCCGACGAUGGCGGAGGGAUUGGUCGAUCUGUUUCGGUCGGUGCCGCCGAGCAGCAAGUAG